CCGCUCCUUCUCUGCCUCGCUUCACUCCUGCCGCGCGGGCCACACGCCGCCGACCAUGGCCAUCAAGGCCUUUCUCAUCUUCAACAACAAGUCGCAGAUCCGCCUCGUCAGCAUCUACGCGCCGCUCGCUGCGCCCGUGCAGACGGCCCUCGUGCGCCGCAUCCAGGCGCGCGUCUUCAGCAGCGGCACCGACGGCACCGCGGCGGCGUCGUCGUCAUCGCGAAGGCAGACGGGCACGGAGCUGCCGGACGCAGAGGCAGACAGCAAUUUCCUCGACGCCUCGGACCUGGCACAGGUCUUUGAGCCGCGCGCAGAGGAGGACGAGGAGGCACAGGGGCGCAAGGAGGUGCUUGAGGAGGAGCGCGACGGGAGCGGCGACGGCGACGGCUGGCUGCUCGUCUGGCGCAACUACGCCACGCUCUACUUCGUCUGCGUCGUCGACGGCAGCGAGAGCCCGCUGGGCAUUCUCGACUUGAUACAGGUCUUCGUCGAGGCGCUGGACCAGUGCUUCGAGAACGUGUGCGAGCUGGACCUCAUCUUCCACUUCGACGAGGUGCACGCGAUCCUCUCCGAAGUGCUGCAAGGCGGGCUGGUGCUCGAGACGUCGCUGCCCGCCAUCUGCGCCGCCGCGUCGGCGUCGGCAAAGGCGCGCAAGAAGUCGGCCGCGGCGGGCAGUGUGGCCGCCGCGCUGCCCGGGCUCGCCGACUGGGUGGCGCCGGCUGGCGCUGCCGCAGGCGCAUGGGGCGAGGGCUGGCGUAGGGAACUGGGGCGCUUCACAGGGAGGUAGCAAUGGCAAAGAAGGAACGUCACGCACACAGAAGC